GCCGCCUACGGCCUCCGACCCCCUUCGCCAUCCCCCUCCUCGCGCCGCCGUCGCCGAUCUCCCCGGGGACGCGCUGAUCCUUUUGCCCCUCAACUGUGCUGUGCAGGAAUCUGCCGGGAAGGCGGUCGCUUGCUUUCUCGCUCGACGCGACGUCGGAGGAUGCCUCUGGGGCUGACGCUGGGCUCGCUGGGGCGGGCGAUGCGGCGGAAGCGGCUGUCCUCGCUCGACAUCCUCUCUUCCAAGCGGGCGCCGCGGGAUUACUACAAGGGCAAGAACUGCAAGCCCACCGGGUUCCACACCCGCAAAGGUGGAUAUGUGAUUGUUGAUGAAAAGUUGCCAAGAUUUGUUGUCCCUGACUUGACUGAUUUCAAGCUCAAUCCAUACGUGUCACAAUGCGCCAGGGACCUCACAGCGUCGACAACAUCCUCUACUUCAGCAGAAAGUACUGAAAGCAAGAGCUGAUCAUUAUGCGAUUGCUCUAGUCAUUGCCUACGUUUUGCAGGAAGGCAUCCCAACUUUGCAGUAAUGUUUUCCUGGAGCGCCCAUGUUCCGAGGAUUAACAUCAGCAUCCUAGCUACACAUGCACAUUUCAGAUAUCUUUCUUGUAAGGGCAAACAUUAUAUAUGGCGUACCAUAAAUCACCUCUGAAGUUUCUGGUCCUAGAUGAGUAGAUGUACUGCAUACAUAAUUUCAUUGUUCCUGCUUGUAACAAAUAUUUGAGUAGCUAAAAAUUCCUCUUGUGAGCUCCGGUGUGUUUGGCUUCGUUUUAAGUUGGAUCUCGUCCAAUUGGACUUCCUCAAA